GUGUAAGAGUGCUGUUUUUGAAACUGUUGGUUUACUAACAUAAUAUAUUCAGUGAUGUCUAGAGGAAAAUACAUUUUAAAGAUUCUAGAGGAUCAACAAAAAGCAUGUACUACAAGACCAGAAACUAAUCACGAUGGAUCAAUUAGUCCCAUGAGAAGUUUUGGAAAUAAAGAGAGCGAAAAUAUAGACAAUAACCCUAAGACGUUUCCUUGUCUUAAUAUUUGUUCUAAACCUAGCACAAAUAAAAAUGAUGCAGAAUUCAUUAAAAAUCUAACAGCUAAUCCUUGGAUAUCAAUUAUUCCCAGUACCAGUAGAGAUAUAUACCAGUCUCCAUCGUCUCAUAAAGAUUUCAGCGAUGAGGAUGUCACAAGCUGCAGUGAAUAUAUCUCCGAAACCGAAUCGAGUAAUGAAUCAGAUAAUGAGCUGUUAUCCAACGUUCGAAACAAGCUAUUAUCUCAAACCAGGCAUGACUCAAACCAAAGCUCAAGUACUCAAUUAACUCCUGAGAAUCGAUUUAUAUCGCAUAUUACUGCUGAUAUUGGAUUGCCCAAUUUAAAAGAUGACCAUUUUUUGGAAGAAAAAAGAGAAAGAGUGAAAAAGAAAAUAUUUCAGUUGAAGGAUAAAACAUCUAAGAAACGUCUUAGGAAUCCAGAUCAGUGGAGUAGAAGAAAAUCUGCAAUUUUAAGAGCAAGAGGAGAAGAGUAUCUUUCUCAAACAGGGAAAGUUAUGUCAAAAAAAGAAAUAAAUUCUGGAUUGCUGUGCAAAGAAAAAUGCAGAUUACAUUGCUCUGACAAGUUUCUUUUAGAAGAUAGAAAAGCAAUUUUAGAAAAGUAUUAUGCAUUAGAUAUAAACGCAAAAAAUGCUUUGUUAUUUAAAAGCAUAAACAUCAAACCGGUUGCAAGACAUAGGACUAAUGUAAAAAAAGAAAAAACAUAUUCUUUUAGUUAUUCCAUUACUUUUAAUAGAAAAACAGAAAUCAUAUGCCGAGGUGCACUAUGUUCUCUUUAUCAGAUUAGCCGAAAGAAAAUUGAACUUAUGCAAAGAACACUGAAAAAAGGAAUGAAUGCUCCAACACCUGACAAAAGAGGUCAACACAAAAACAGACCUCAUAAAAUUAAAGAGGAUGUCAUUGCGUGCAUUAUGGAUCAUAUCCAAAAAUUCCCCUCAGAAGAGUCACAUUACUCACGUAAUAAAAACUGUCAUAAAAAAUAUUUGUCACCUAUCCUUAAUAUGGCUACAAUGUAUAAGUUGUACAUCGAAGACUGUGAAAACAGAAAACUGGAUGAUUCUUUCAAAGUGACACUUUCUUCCUAUGCUAAAAUAUUUUGUACAAAGUUCAAUUUAUCUUUUGGCCACCCUAGAAGUGACACGUGUAGUGUUUGUGAUUCAGGGCAAAACACAGAUCUGCAUACAGAAAACUUUAAAGCUGCAUUUGAAUCACAGAGACGUGAUAGAGAAAGACCAUCAAUGGAAGAAGAUACCUGCUAUAUAACUAUGGAUAUGCAACAAACGAUGCCACUACCAAAAUUAUCUACCAGUAAAGCUUUUUACCUUCGCCAAAUGUGGUACUAUAAUUUUGGUAUCCAUUGUGUAACUGCUAGUGGAUCAAAACCUUUUUUUUUCAAUUGGACCGAAGAUGUAGCAAUACGAGGAAGUAUUGAGAUAGCUAGUUGUUUACUCCGAUUUUGUCAGCAGCUCAAAGAAUCUCACAAAAAUAUUAAUCAUCUAAUCAUUUGGUCUGACUCUUGUGCAGGCCAAAAUAAAAACUUCAAUAUUAUCAGUCUCUAUCAAUUUUUAAUUUUAAAUGGAACAUUGAAAGUCAUCGAUCAUAAGUUUCCAGAAGUUGGACACAGCUACCUAGACUCAGACAGAAAUUUUGGCAGAAUAGAAAAAAAACUUAGAAAGGUUGAGAAUAUCUAUGUACCCGAACAAUACCGUUUGCUAAUUAAAUCUGCAAGUACGAAAAACUGUGCUACCCUCGAUAUGGAAAAUUACUUCUAUGACUUUAACGAACUCUCAGGGAAGUUGCAUAUUUGGAAUAAAAAGACUAAUGAUAUGGGACAAAAAAUCUGUUUCAGAGAUAGUGUCAAAUGGAUUAGAGUUGAUGAGUUCGGCAGCUACUUUUAUAAAGAAAAUCUGGAUGAAUAUUCACCUUUUCAUAAAGUAAAUCUAUUUAAAAAAGGAAGUAGGGUGAUACGUAAGGAGGACAAUAUUACACUACGCAGAAUCACAGAGAAAAAAGGUGGACUUACUGCAGAAAAGUUGAGUAACUUGCGUGAACAGUUAAAGUUUGUCAAGAACGAGUAUAAAUGGUUCUAUGAAAAAAUUUUUGAAGAAAACGAAGAGAAUCCCAAGAAAAAAAGAAAAGCAAUUGGUUCAUUUUGA